AUGCACACUCCUCCGCUGGUCCCGAGGACAACAACUUGUUGUCAAAAGGAUUCGAGAAUAUCAGUUGGGUGCAUCACUAUUCGAUGGAUUCCUCUUAGAAAUGCAUCAAACGAGGAUGUCAUCAGAGGUACUACCGAGGUCUGCACUGGUCUACACAUCCAGAAGCCAGAGGUUUGCGCUGGAGUGAUGAAGGCAUACGCACCAAUUGUUUACUAUGUUAUCGUCGAGGACGAGCUUGCUCCAUCAGGUUUGAUAUCUCUGGUUCCUUGA